AUGGUUGGCGGAAAGUGCGAGCAGGUGAGAUUUUACGAAACGUUGUUCGAGAGAAAACUUCAUCGAUCAUCAUCAAAUCGAGAUGUUUCUCAGCCAUUCGUUCUUGAUUUGUACUACAUUUUUGUCGCCUUGAUAAUACUAACGAGGAGCGUUUCUUCUUCUCUCCUUCUCAUCAUCAGGUCGGCGUCGAUGGUUUCCCUCGAGUCCUUCGCGCAGCGCCAAUCCGAAGACGCGAAAGACGCCGAAAACGAAGCGGAUGGCGCUGAAAACGAAGAAACCAAAAAAGGCAACAUUAAACGACGAAAAGAACGAAGAAGAUCGGCUGGUUUACACUGUCAGAGAUGCUUGAAGAGAACGAGGAAAGGCGUCCGGGUGUCGUUUCUUACCUCACCCGCCUUGGUCGGUUUCGUGAGUGGCGCGAUUGCGUUUGGUUUCAGUUCCGCGAGCGCUUUCGCUCUUCGUCGAGGGAAAGGGGUUCUCUUUGGCGCUUUGGCGAACGCGCAGCCUACGAAGUCUUCGAAGACAAAGAAGAAGAAAUAA